AAAAAAAAGGGAGAGGGCACCCUCCGGUUAAGUCACUGUGCGCGCUAUUUUUAGCUUUUUUUCGUACGAUAGUGACACAUUAUUUCGUUUCCAAAUAUUUCUAACGAUUUUCCGCUCAGGCGUAAGAUAAUGGAGCCAAGAGUUUGUAGGAAUGGCAGCGAGGAGGUGGGGGAUGGGGAAGGCGUUUUUUGAUAAACGGUUUGUUCCUCACGGGAGGGUAACACUAUUCUGCUGACUCUCCCUCCAGGCCGAGAUUGUUUUUUCUUUUUCCUUUCUUUCUUGCCUUUAUUUUAUUCCGCCCUCCCCCCUUUUUUUUUAAAGGAAGGUCUGGUUUGGACGACGUUGUGUGUCUCCCAGUAUUGAAAGCUUUUGCUCCGCACUUGAGUCUUCGGUUUGGGUUUUUUUGUUCACAGAAGGCGUUUCCCUUCCUCCGCAGGACUGCUCUGUUUCACAAUAAACAUCACGAAGAGGUUCAGCACUUUUUAGUAUAAAUAAACCGGAGACCUUAGAAGGUUAUAUAUUUGGGGAAAGCCUGCCCCGGUCCCAUUCUUUUUCCUGAGGUUCCUUGAUUUUCAUUUUCCUGAGGUCUUCUGAGUGGAUCCUCCCGUCGGAUUGCUGGAACCCUGCAUUCAUUAAAGCACGCAUUUUGAAUUGAAGGGGUACAGAGCCCCCAGAUGCGCUGAUCUUUCCCAGCGUGUCUUUCCGCUCUUUCUCUCGCUCACUCGCCUUUCCUGUUCCCAGCUCCACGCCCCGGGCCCCCUUUCCCACGGCGCCUGCUGCUCUUGAACUUGUUUCUGGGCGAGCAGAAGGCGCGGGCUCCCGACCCUCGCGCCGCUCUUCCCAAAGCCCAGAUUUGUUGGUGUUAAUGCAUCUGACAUCAACUAUGCAGCCGGCCGAUACGACCCAUCAGUGAAGACCCCCUUUGAUGUAGGUUUUGAAGGUGUAGGAGAGGUGGUGGCCUUGGGCCUCUCUGCUAGUGCCAGGUACACAGUGGGCCAGACUGUGGCUUACAUGACACCUGGCUCUUUUGCUGAGUACACAGUGGUGCCUGCCAGCAUUGCAACACCAGUGCCCUCUGUGGAACCUGAGUACCUCACCCUGUUGCUCAGUGGUACCACCGCAUACAUCAGCCUGAAAGAGCUUGGAGGACUGUCGGAAGGGAAGAAAGUUCUGGUGACAGCAGCAGCUGGGGGGACGGGCCACCUUGCUGUGCAGCUAGCAAAGAAGGCCAGGUGCCAUGUAAUCGGAACCUGCUCUUCCGAUGAAAAGUGUGCUUUUCUGAAAUCUGUUGGCUGUGAUCGUCCCAUCAACUAUAAUUCUGAGCACGUCCGUACUGUCCUGAAGCAGGAGUACCCCAAAGGUGUCGAUGUGGUAUACGAAUCUGUCGGGGGGGCCAUGUUUGACUUGGCUGUAGACGCCUUGGCCAUCAAAGGGCGCUUGAUGGUAAUUGGGUUUGUCUCUGGCUACCAAACUCCUACUGGCCUUCCGCCUGUGGAAGCAGGAACGUUACCAGCCAAGCUGCUAAAGAAAUCCGCCAGUGUCCUGGGCUUCUUUGUGAACCAUUACCUUUCUGAACAUCAAGCAGCCAUGGACCACUUGAUUCAGAUGUAUGCAGAUGGGGAGCUGGUUUGUGAGGUGGACCUGGGUGAUCUGUCUGCCGAGGGCAGGUUUACUGGCCUGGAGUCUGUAUUCCGGGCUGUCGAUUAUAUGUACAUGGGAAAAAACACUGGGAAAAUUGUAGUUGAAUUACCUCCCUCUGUCAACAGUAAGCUGUAAAAACAGAACAAUGACAUAAAUCAAAGGAGAAAGAAAAUAGGCACUUUAGCCUUCAGAAUUACUCAAAUCAAUUUAUUUUUAGGUGGUAGUAGAUAUAAUAUUUCUUAACACAAUAGUAAGGUGUUAAUGAAUAUAUUUCUCUUUUUCUUCUUUUUGUUUUUCUUGCCCCUCCCUUGAAAAACAAUAUGCCAAUAAAACUUCCUUCAAUGGCUCAGAGGUAAAACCUUUACAUUUAAUUCUUUAGUCAUGGACAGUCUCAUUCCAGAUUUUAUUGUUCCAGGGAACUAAAUUAAUUCCUGAUGCAAGAUCUGAUCAAAUCAGUAUGUCUUAAGCUUGAUGAGAUUUUAAAAUUGGUCUUGAAUACAGUUCACAAAUACUUUGCUUUUUGGAGGGGGGGUUGGUCUCAGGUUAACAAGUAGUUAAUUAAUGAGACAUAUAGCAAAAACUCGCCCAUAUAUUUUCAGAGUCCAUAUUUUCAGGAAGUGGUCUUUUUCUAUAAAUCACUAACCAACUCUACAUAGAAAUCUGAAGAAAUGUUGUUAGAUUACUGGAAAAGUUUGAUUUUGCUAGAUUACUAGCAAACUGAUUAAGUGAACACAGACCUAUUUUAAAUAAAUGUCUAUUACUAAUGGCUUUUAAUGCACAACCAUCCUGGUGGGGCAUGUGUGGAAUAAAAAAUUCCUCUCUUGAGAAGCAAAAUUGUGUUGAUAACUUACAUAGACAAAAACAGAGAUUUGAAAGACUUUAAAAAGUUAAUGCAUGCACCAGAAAGGGAAAGUUGGUGCGCCUCCACAGUGAGGGGCUCCAUCACAAAACAUGUACCGUAAGGGGAGAGCCCCCUGGGUAUCCCUCGAGGUGAACCCAGCACACUGCAGACAUCACACAGCACUGUGCACAGGAGGCCCAGAUGACCCUAGAAGCGUUGUACAUCCACUUCGGGUUAUAGAUAUUCAGACAUGGAACGAGAUGAGGAUGUUCAGCAUAGGACGCUGCUCCUAUGUUCCCAUCCUACUGCUCCACGUGUUCUGAUGGAACGAGAUGCUUCUUGUCACUGUGGCUGAUGUCACACACAAAAUGAACAAGUCGUGCACCUUCUCUUCGGAAGCACGCCUCUAGCUGAUCCACCUGCCUCCCGGCCUUCAGCUCACUGCGGACCGCUACAGCUCCCAUCCUUAAGUGGGAAAUCCCAGAGUGCCUUUCUAAUUGAGGGCAAAGCCCACCAGAUUAUUUUUCAAAGCCUUGAGUUUCGAUGUAUCUAACAUGCUAAAUAAAUAGGAAUGCAAUUAAAGGUGCUCCACGAAA